ACACCCUACCAACCCACCCCGCCAAACGCCACUUAUCAAUCGACGACGCUCGGCCUCCCUCGUAUUCGCCCCCCUUGCAUACAUGCAUGCAUGCAUACAUACCUAUACCGGCUCUGCAUCAGGUUCUCUUUCCCUGUUCAUACUACAUCCCCGCCUAUCUAUCCAUCCACCCUAUCUACCUAUCCUAUCAAACUCACCCCGCCACCACACAGCAUAACAUGCAUAUACCUCACCGAUCUGAACCCCCGAUUAUCUAAUAAACCAAUUCAAUCGGCCCCCUUCAUCAUCUCUCAAGUCACUGUUCCUCUCUAUCUUCCCUCCCUUUCCACAAUGUAUGUAGGUGCGGUGUGAUUGUUUUAUCAACCAUAUUCAUCUUCUUACAUAGUUCCUCAUACACUGCCACUUCCCGGUUCCUUGGCCUUUUGCUGUGCUUGCUAGGGAUUGGGUUACAGUGCGUUAGACUUCAAUCAAUCAGAUAACCUACCAA